UGGCUUCUCAAGAUUAUUAUUUUUCGGCGGCCUUGUUUUUGUUCUUGUCUCCGUCUAUCUUUGGUACUCUUGCUGCUGAAUAGCACAGGAGUAUUCUCGGCUUCAAAUUAUUUAAUUGGGCUGGGAAGUUAUGAUAUCACCGGACCUGCGGCUGAUGUUAACAUGAUGGGGUAUGCUAAUACUGAACAAAUAGCAUCUGGCGUGCACUUCAGGCUCCGAGCUCGCACGUUUAUUGUGGCAGAGCCACAGGGGAAGCGGGUUGUGUUUGUAAACCUUGAUGCUUGUAUGGCCUCUCAGCUUGUGACAAUUAAAGUGCUUGAGAGAUUGAAGACAAGGUAUGGUGAUCUAUAUACUGAAAAUAAUGUUGCUAUCAGUGGUAUUCAUACCCAUGCUGGUCCUGGGGGUUAUCUCCAAUAUGUUGUCUAUCUUGUGACAUCUCUUGGAUUUGUUCGACAGUCUUUUGAUGUUCUUGUAGAUGGCAUUGAGAAAAGUAUUAUUCAAGCUCAUGAAAAUCUCCAGCCUGGAUCAAUUUUUGUUAAUAAGGGAGAGCUCCUAGAUGCUGGUGUAAACCGAAGUCCCAGUGCCUAUCUUAAUAAUCCAGCUGAAGAACGCAGUCAAUACAAGUAUGAUGUUGAUAAAGAAAUGACACUUUUGAAGUUUGUGGAUGAUCAGUGGGGUCCAGUGGGUAGCUUCAAUUGGUUUGCAACUCAUGGCACUUCUAUGAGUCGUACAAAUGCUUUGAUAAGUGGUGACAAUAAGGGGGCUGCAGCGCGAUUUACGGAAGAUUGGUUUGAGCAGAAUGGUAGUGGUCCUAGUGGAAGUUCAGAUUCCAAGAGAAUUGGAAUAGAUGGAAUACCUAGAAGAAUCUCAAACAUAGUCACCAAUUUUCAUGAUACUCAUCAUGAGUUGCUAGAGCGUGCUGCAUCCUUUCAUUCUCAACCUGAUAGACCUGCAACCAGAAUUUUGAAUGUUGAGAGACGGAUCAGAAGUGCUCUUAGAAAUGCCGAGAAGCCUGGAUUUGUAUCUGCUUUUUGCCAGACAAACUGUGGUGAUGUUAGCCCAAAUGUGCGAGCAUUCUGUAUAGACACUGGGCUUCCUUGUGAUUUCAAUCACAGUACAUGUGGUGGGAGAUGACUAUGCUAUGGCCGUGGGCCGGGGGCUAAUCUGAAGAUAAUUGCUACUUAUGGUAUGCCCUUGCUUUUCUCGAGAAUUUUUCAACUCUUUUUUAUGGGCACUUUGUUCAUAAUUUUACAGCCUUCAAUACUUCCAGUCCAGAUCCUUCGAAUUGGACAGCUAGUCAUUCUCAGUGUACCAGGAGAGUUUACAACAAUGGCUGGGAGGCGUCUCCGUAAUGCUGUGAAGGCAGUGCUGACAAGCAGUGGUAAUGGACAAUUUGGUAGCAACAUUCAUGUUGUUAUAGCUGGGCUGACUAAUACGUAUUCACAGUAUGUAACUACCUUUGAAGAGUACCAGGUGCAGAGAUACGAGGGUGCAUCCACGUUGUAUGGUCCACAUACCCUUAGCGCCUACAUUCAGGAGUUCACAAAACUGGCAAAUGCUCUCCUCAGUGGCCAAGCUGUUGAAUCGGGGCCUCAACCUCCGGAUCUUCUAAGCAAGCAAAUAAGCUUACUCACACCAGUUGUGUUGGACAUGACCCCUCCUGGUGUGAAUUUCGGAGAUGUCAGCUCUGAUGUUCCUCAAAACUCCACCUUCAAGAGAGGUGACAAAGUGACUGCUGUCUUCUGGUCAGCUUGCCCCCGGAAUGAUCUCAUGACUGAAGGUACAUUUGCCCUCGUGGAACUCCUUCAAGGAAAGGAUACUUGGUUGCCAGCCUAUGAUGAUGAUGAUUUCUGUCUUCGGUUCAAGUGGUCGAGGCCUUCAAAACUCAGCCCACGAAGUCAGGCAACAAUUGAAUGGAGAAUCCCUGAAUCUGCCAUCUCUGGUGUGUACAGAAUUAGGCAUUUUGGUGCUUCUAAGGGUCUUUUGGGAUCUAUACACCAUUUCACUGGUUCAUCCAGUGCGUUUGUUGUAGCAUGAGCAAGAGUUUUUAUGUAUUAUGUACUUACAGAACUGGUUAGACUUUAUCACUUAGCAUUAUUGUCAAAAUAUAUAAUUUAUUUAUAGAUGAAUUUGGUAUGAAUUUAAAUA